AAAUAAUAACUGUCAACAACUAUAAAUGAAGCACAGAUACGGAAAAAGUUGGUACUCCGGGCCCAGAGACAACUCCCAGUAUUUCUCGAAGAAAGCCUCCAAUUCGUUCUACAGUUCGAAGUCGUUCUAUGUGCAGAAGGGAGCCAGCUCAGGAGCCUACAAACAAAAGCACUACCAUAAGUCAGGCAGUUCAAGCAUCAAGUCGGUGAAAGAGCUCUUCGAUCUGUUGCUCAAAGAGAAUUCUCAAGACAAACUCAUCCACAGGUCGAGUUCGGAAAAACUAAGCGGGAAGCUCGACUGCUUCCACUCCGACCGCGAAGAGGCUUUGCUUGAAGAGCACAUUAGCGAACCAAUUUCUCUUUCGCUCUUCAACGACUCAGACUUGGAGUCGAUGAGUGGCCACCAGAAGGCUCCUCUGAACUUCACCGAAAGCUUCUGCUCUGACGCUGCAGACGCCACUGGCGAAGCAGAGAGUCCCUCGAGGCCUGAUGAACACGGAGCCUCUGUAUCAGACAGAGAAGAAUGCGUUAUGCUCACGAAGACCAUGAGCAGAGAGGUCGAGUACUGUGAGUCUGCAGAAGAGUCCGAGUUCAAAGACCAAGACUCCAAAGAUGAAGUGUGCAUUCUGAAUGCGAAGCUGGACAAGGUGAUGAACAAGCAGAGGCGUAAAGACUCAAACAACAAAGAAAACAAAAUUGGCAAGUCUAAUAUCAUUAAUUUGAUUAAUGAAUGAUCUGCUGAACAAGAGAAAUCAUUUGACUCUGCAACUGGAUACAAGACCAAAAAUUCUCUCCCUUUGUUCGAUACAUUUGGCUGAGCCUAAGCCCGAUAAGUGGUAUAGCUGUGCUGAUGAAGAAGUCAAACAUAGCUCUAAGUGUUCAGAUAAGUCUUGGACAACUCAUAUGAGGAAGAAAAAGUAAAAUUAUAGAGUUUCAACAUC